UCGGCCUCCCGCCCCGCGCCCGCCACUUUCCCCGCGAGCUGGGCCGCGACACCUCCCUGUGGAUGGUGUAGCGCGUCCGGGGAAGCAUUUUUGAAGCAUUGGGGUAGUUGGAGUGGUUGGAUUUUCCCUGGAAUUGAGUGAGAAAUUCAGAAGACUGAAGCCCAGGCUUACUGUCUACCUUUCACGGAGGCCUAGCCGUGAGAGGACAGAAGAAGGCACGUGGCGAAUCAUGACAGCCGACAAAGAUAAAGACAAAGACAAGGAGAAGGACCGGGACCGGGACCGGGACCGGGAGAGAGAGAAAAGGGACAAAGCCCGAGAGAGUGAGAACUCAAGGCCACGGAGGAGCUGCACCUUGGAAGGAGGAGCCAAAAAUUAUGCCGAGAGCGAUCACAGUGAAGAUGAGGACAAUGACAACAGCGCCACCACUGAGGAGUCCACCAAGAAGAACAAAAAGAAGCCCCCGAAAAAAAAAUCCCGCUACGAAAGGACAGAUACUGGCGAGAUAACCUCCUACAUCACGGAGGACGAUGUUGUCUAUCGGCCAGGAGACUGUGUGUAUAUUGAGAGUCGGAGACCAAACACACCGUAUUUCAUCUGUAGCAUCCAAGACUUCAAGCUGGUCCACAACUCCCAGGCCUGUUGCAGAUCUCCAACUCCUGCUUUGUGUGACCCCCCAGCAUGCUCUCUGCCGGUGGCAUCACAGCCACCACAGCAUCUUUCUGAAGCCGGGAGAGGGCCUGUAGGGAGUAAGAGGGACCAUCUACUCAUGAACGUCAAAUGGUACUACCGUCAGUCUGAAGUUCCAGAUUCUGUGUAUCAGCAUUUGGUUCAGGAUCGACAUAAUGAAAAUGACUCUGGAAGAGAACUUGUCAUUACAGACCCCGUUAUCAAGAACCGGGAGCUCUUCAUUUCUGACUACGUGGACACAUACCAUGCUGCUGCCCUGAGAGGGAAGUGUAACAUCUCCCACUUUUCUGACAUAUUUGCUGCGAGAGAGUUUAAAGCCCGAGUGGAUUCAUUCUUCUACAUCUUAGGUUACAACCCUGAGACAAGGAGGCUGAACAGUACCCAGGGGGAGAUUCGUGUUGGUCCUAGCCAUCAGGCCAAACUUCCGGAUUUGCAGCCAUUUCCUUCUCCAGAUGGGGAUACCGUGACCCAACAUGAAGAACUGGUCUGGAUGCCUGGAGUUAAUGACUGUGACCUCCUGAUGUACUUGAGGGCAGCAAGGAGCAUGGCAGCCUUUGCAGGGAUGUGUGAUGGAGGCUCCACAGAAGAUGGCUGUGUUGCUGCGUCUCGGGAUGACACCACGCUCAAUGCACUGAACACACUCCACGAAAGCGGCUAUGAUGCUGGCAAAGCCCUGCAGCGCCUGGUGAAGAAGCCCGUGCCCAAGCUGAUUGAGAAGGGCUGGACCGAGGAGGAAGUGAAACGCUUCGUUAAGGGGCUCCGGCAGUACGGCAAGAACUUCUUCAGAAUCAGGAAGGAGCUGCUUCCCAAUAAGGAAACCGGGGAACUGAUCACCUUCUAUUACUACUGGAAGAAAACUCCUGAAGCAGCCAGCUCGCGGGCCCACCGUCGCCAUCGGAGGCAGGCUGUGUUCCGGAGGAUCAAGACCCGCACUGCGUCCACCCCUGUUAGCACGCCCUCCAGACCCCCCUCCAGUGAAUUUUUGGACCUGAGCUCUGCCAGCGAAGAUGACUUUGACAGUGAGGACAGUGAACAGGAGCUGAAGGGGUACGCCUGCCGCCACUGCUUCACCACCACCUCCAAGGACUGGCACCACGGGGGCCGGGAGAACAUCUUGCUGUGCACUGACUGCCGCAUCCACUUCAAGAAGUACGGUGAGCUGCCCCCCAUCGAGAAGCCCGUGGACCCCCCGCCCUUCAUGUUCAAGCCCGUCAAGGAGGAGGACGAUGGGCUCAGCGGGAAGCAUAGCAUGAGGACGCGGCGGAGUCGGGGCUCGAUGUCCACACUACGUAGUGGUCGGAAGAAGCAGCCAGCCAGCCCUGAUGGCCGCGCCUCGCCCAUCAGUGAAGACAUCCGCUCCAGCGGCCGCAACUCCCCCAGCGCUGCCAGUACCUCCAGCAAUGACAGCAAGGCGGAGACCGUGAAGAAGUCAGCCAAGAAGGUGAAGGAGGAAGCCUCGUCCCCUCUCAAGAGCUCCAAGCGCCAGCGGGAGAAAGUGGCAUCCGACACGGAGGAGUCCGACAGGACCAGCUCCAAGAAGACGAAAACCCAGGAGAUCAGCCGGCCCAACUCUCCGUCCGAAGGCGAGGGCGAGAGCUCGGACAGCCGCAGUGUCAACGACGAGGGCAGCAGUGACCCCAAGGACAUCGACCAGGACAAUCGCAGCACAUCCCCCAGCAUCCCCAGCCCCCAGGACAAUGAGAGUGACUCGGACUCGUCGGCCCAGCAGCAGCAGCUACUGCAGGCCCAGCCCCCAGCCCUGCAGGCGCCCAGCGGUGCUGCCACGGCUCCCCCUGCAGCCCCGGCAGGGGCGCCCCAGCUCCCCACCCCAGGCCCCACACCCUCCGCCCCCGCGGCGCCUGCACAGGGCUCCCCCGUGGCGGUGCAGCCCCCCAGCCAGGCUCCGGCUGUGGCGGCGCCCACGGCACACUCGCACAUCCAGCAGGCUCCUGCGCUGCACCCUCCACGGCUGCCCUCGCCACACCCCCCGGCCGGCCAGGCCCCUGCGCCCACUCACUCCCAGCCAGCCCUGCAUAGCCAGGGCCCGCACGGCCUGCAGGCCGGCCCCCUUCUGCAGCACCCGGGCCCCCCUCAGCCCUUCGGCCUCCCCCCUCAGGCCUCCCAAGGGCAGGCUUCUCUGGGAACCUCCCCAGCCUCAGCACACCCUCACAGCACCCUGCCGCUCCCGGCCGCCCAGGCAGCACUGCAGCCCCAGCAGCCCCCAAGGGAACAGCCCCUGCCGCCGGCGCCCUUGGCCAUGCCGCACAUCAAGCCCCCUCCCACCACGCCCAUCCCCCAGCUGCCAGCACCUCAGGCCCACAAGCACCCGCCUCACCUCUCAGGGCCAUCGCCCUUCUCCAUGAACGCCAACCUGCCGCCCCCUCCGGCCCUGAAGCCCCUGAGCUCCCUGUCCACACACCACCCCCCGUCAGCCCACCCACCUCCGCUGCAGCUCAUGCCUCAGAGCCAGCCAUUGGCCUCCUCUCCCGCCCAGCCCCCUGGGCUGACCCAGAACCAGAACCUGCCCCCUUCUGCUGCUUCCCACCCCCCAGCCAGCCUCCACCAGGUGCCCCCCCAGCCCCCAUUUGCUCAGCACCCCUUUGUCCCUGGAGGCCCGCCCUCCAUCACCCCUCCCGCCUGCCCCUCCACCUCCACCCCACCCGCCGGCCCCAGCACCUCGGCCCAGCCGCCUUGCUCUGCUGCUGUCUCUUCGGGAGGCAGCGUCCCAGGGGGUGCCUCCUGCCCGCUCCCCGCUGUGCAGAUCAAGGAGGAGGCUCGGGAUGAUGCUGAGGAGCCCGAGAGCCCCCCACCCCCACCGAGGAGCCCAUCCCCCGAGCCCACGGUGGUGGACACUCCCAGCCAUGCCAGCCAGUCCGCCAGGUUCUACAAACACCUGGACCGGGGCUACAACUCCUGUGCGCGGACAGACCUGUACUUCAUGCCUCUGGCCGGAUCCAAACUGGCUAAGAAGAGGGAGGAGGCCAUUGAGAAGGCCAAGCGGGAGGCCGAGCAGAAGGCCCGAGAGGAGCGCGAGCGGGAGAAGGAGAAGGAGAAGGAACGCGAGCGGGAGCGUGAGCGCGAGCGGGAGGCAGAGCGCGCGGCCAAGGCGUCCAGCUCAGCGCAUGAAGGCCGCCUCAGCGACCCCCAGCUCACGGGACCUGGCCACAUGCGGCCGUCCUUCGAGCCGCCGCCCACCACCAUUGCUGCCGUCCCCCCGUACAUCGGGCCUGACACGCCCGCCCUCCGGACUCUGAGCGAGUACGCUCGGCCCCACGUCAUGUCCCCCACCAACCGCAAUCACCCCUUCUACAUGCCCCUCAACCCCACCGACCCCCUGCUGGCCUACCACAUGCCUGGCCUCUACAACGUGGACCCCACCAUCCGCGAGCGGGAGCUGCGGGAGCGCGAGAUCCGCGAGCGGGAGAUCCGCGAGCGGGAGCUGCGGGAGCGGAUGAAGCCGGGCUUCGAGGUGAAACCCCCGGAGCUGGACCCCCUGCACCCGGCCACCAACCCCAUGGAGCACUUCGCCCGGCACAGCGCCCUCACCAUCCCCCCUGCUGCUGGUCCCCACCCGUUUGCCUCUUUCCACCCGGGCCUGAACCCACUGGAGCGCGAGAGACUGGCCCUGGCAGGUCCCCAGCUUCGACCUGAGAUGAGCUACCCUGACAGACUGGCGGCCGAGCGCAUCCACGCCGAGCGCAUGGCGUCCCUGACCAGCGACCCCCUGGCCCGGCUGCAGAUGUUCAACGUGACCCCGCACCAUCACCAGCACUCGCACAUCCACUCCCACCUCCACCUCCACCAGCAAGACCCCCUCCACCAAGGUUCAGCAGGCCCAGUUCACCCACUGGUUGACCCCCUGACUGCUGGCCCUCACCUGGCUCGCUUCCCCUACCCCCCUGGGACCCUCCCCAACCCUCUGCUGGGACAGCCCCCCCAUGAGCACGAGAUGCUGCGUCACCCGGUGUUUGGCACCCCUUACCCCCGAGACCUGCCUGGGGCCAUCCCACCCCCCAUGUCGGCGGCCCACCAGCUGCAGGCCAUGCACGCGCAGUCAGCAGAGCUGCAGAGACUGGCCAUGGAACAGCAGUGGCUGCACGGACACCCCCACAUGCAUGGAGGCCACCUCCCAAGUCAGGAAGAUUACUACAGCCGACUGAAGAAAGAAGGUGACAAGCAGUUAUGAGUGCUGCCGUGGGAACCCCGGUUCCUGGGGAAGAAGCAGGACUUUUCACAGACAGUAGGAGCUGCGAAAGCAAAGAGAGUAUCUUCUAAAGAUUUCUUUAUAUAUUUAAACCCCACAACUGAAACCGUAUCGCAUCCUAGUGUUCGUUUGUGGAGAGGAUUCCCUGAGAGCGGUGUGGGCCCCUGCAUGACAGUCCCCCGGAAGCGGAGCCAGUCCUGGGCUGGGCUGCACAUUCAGAAAACUUCCUGCAACCCUGGGGUUUGGCUUUAGUUUUCUUCUCCUUGAUUUCUCGGUAGGUGCUAGCAUCAGUCCUCGCCCUGCACUGUGCGCAGACACACCUGGUCUGUGUGUGCCGGUGCCCACGGGCAUGCAGAUAGGCAGCAAAUGAGUGUGGGAUCCAAGAGCUCUAAUUUUUAAAGAAUCUUUUAUUUUAAUACAUUGUAGGAAAUCUUCAUAAUUUGAAAAAGUUCUGCAGCAUGGCUUUUUAUGUCUGUAAAUAAAUAAUUUUAGAACAGCCUUUUUUUUUCCUUCCACAAACUACUAUUCUGGUCUAUUUUUUCCAGCCAUGUCACUAAUUGUGAAUUCCUACCAGCUAUUGACAGAAUACAGAGUUGAUUUUUUAAUAAAAAGUUCUAUAUAAUUAUCCCUUUCAUUAAAGGGAGAGAUGGGCGUUACUAACGACAGUCAGGCAGAAGUGUGGGCCUAGGUGCGGCUGUGGCAGUGAGCGUGGGCGUUGGCAAGGACAGUGUUAGACGCGGCGUUUUGUUGGUUUUCUUGGGUCCGUAGCUGGCACGCACGUGGACGGCGGUUAGUGGCGCCUCUGGUUUUGCACAAGGAGAGCAGGAGCUGAAUGUCCACGUCCUGUCCCUGGCGUCCUCGUGUUCUGUCUCUGAGGAUAGAAGCACAUGUCCAUGUGUGUCUGAUUGUAGAUUUCCUUCUAGAUUUCUAUGCACACACGUUUGAUUGUUCUGGAUGAAUUGCCUUUCUUAAUAAUCUGAAAAAUCUCAUGAAAAUUCUAGAAAAUUCAAGGAAAUGAUUCCAUGCAGAUAACUCAGCACAUGAAAGACCCCAGGACACACACUUGCCAAAGGAACCUGGUAAGAGAUCUGCGCUGUGGUGCAUAGCAUCGCUCGCAUCUUCUGUGAGGACCCAGCCACGUCCUCCUUGCCACCUGCUGAGGCUGCUUCUGAGCGUGGAGGCCUUGGAGUUGUAGUGGGGCCUGCAGGUUGUAGGUGGGGCCUGCGUUUGCCCGCCAGGAGCAGACCUGUGUGUGGUGACCCACACUGGAUUGGGAAACUCCUGGGAGUGGGAAUAGGAAUCCCAGCUGCAAAUGUGAAGUGGGAAGAAGCAGGCUUCCCCCGGGAGGCGAUGCCUUGCAGGUCGGGCCCCGGGAACAGCGCUGUCCUGGGGAGAGCCGGCUGCCGAGUGCUGAUCCCACGCACUUCCCCCAGCGCGGACAGGGACACGCGGAGCUGUCUGCGUGUUGCUCAGGCUUCUCCCCAGGACGGGACCGCUUCCAGUCCUCGCUCAGACUCGCAGGGGCUAUUUCUGCCCUGUGUGUGGCGGUCACGUCCAUGAAUCUUGGGACAACCCACUCUGCUGCCUGGUGGACGUGAGGUGCGUGCCGGAGCCAGACUGCGCUGGGCAGGGAGAGGAGAGGCUAACAGUGUGCGCAGAGACCAGGGUCUGGGUUCAGACAUGCAUCGGGCAUUUCCCACUGCUGCUGAAAACGUCUCGGUUGGGACAGACAGGAUUGUUUUGUCUGUUGGAAAUAUUCGUAGCUCUUUCCUUUCAUCUCAUUCCAUUUCUGCGCUGACAUUAGCUCUGUGCGGGGAGGCAAGCUCAGGGGAACCCUUUGCCAUCAAACUUCUGGCCGCCUGGGCCGGCGUGUUCCGGGAGCUUCUCUGGCCCUGAGUGGGGCCUCGUGCACCUGUUGCUGCUCCCACGCCCCUCCUCCCGACCGCCGCCUCUUUCCUCUCGGGUUCCUUCCGGGUAAAACUUGUCUGUCAUUCAGUUCCUCUUUUACCUCCUCUAUCGUCUGUUUUUCCAAAGAAGAGAAAGCGUGAAGAACUUGAAAGUCUGAGCUUGGAAACUUCUGGUGUUUUCUUGUUGCAUUCGGUUCCCUCCCCACACCCCAGGACCCCCAGGGGAAGCACUGAGACUCUUCCACUACGAACCCGCGCGGACCCUGCCCGAGCGCGGCAGCGGCCUCCGCGGUGCCCGCGGUCCCUGUGGCUUCCCCCUGGCGCGCUGCAGUCGGCUCCUCUGUGUUCUGUAUGUGUCUUGUUCGGUGUUGUCGAGGUUAGCUUCAUGUUCCACUGUGCAGGAGCAGAGCGUACUUCUGAGUUGCUACGUUUAUAUAUAUCUUGAAGCUAAGUGUAUAUAUGAGUAGUCGGCCAUGAGAUAACACAGUGUAAACAGAGUAGACACCCAGAAAUCGUGACUUCUGUGUUCUCUCCAUUUGAGUAUUUUGUAAUUUUUUUGAAAUAUUUGUGGACAUAAAUAAAACCAAGCUACAC